ACUUGCUGCGUCUGUCUCGAGGACGUCUGCGCCGGCCAGCCCGUCCGCACGCUGCCUUGUCUGCACACCUUCCACGCGCAGUGCGCAGAGGAGUGGUUGAAGAAGAAGAAGACUUGCCCUCUCUGCCAGUUCGACAUUGUCGACGGCGCCGACGGCGGAAGCAGCUCCCAGGAAGCUUGA